AUGAAUAAACAAUUGGAGGAAGUUGAGUCUCUAUGUCUCAAAGGAAUCAAGAAAGGUGACACAAGAACAGUAGAAAUGUAUUUUGGCCCCUAUCUUUCGUUUGUGCCAAGCACACAGCACAGCGCGUUUAUAAAAGCAUACAUGCUUCUGCACUACUUCUCAUCAAACCAGAAGGCACUGUUCUACACAACAUUGGAAACCGUAACUCCCUCUGAGCUUGAAGACAAAAACAUAAUGCUUGUUAUGGAAGUGGACACAUGUGUUAAUAUAGGAGCGGUUGAAAAGCUCAAAAAAGCAGUUGGGAGCAAUACAAGCAAGGAGCUGAAUACUCUUCUCAAAAGCAUUGUUGAUAGCCAGGUGAAGACGAUUGAGCUGUCUGAAUGCUCGGAAGAGGUAGAAGCGAUGGGCCAGGAGAUAAUCGACAGGCGAGUCAUCGAGGUUGCAAUGUUUAUUGGAAAGAACUCAUCUGGGAAUUUCUGA